GACGCCUUCCUUUCUACCUGCGCGCUCGUGAUUCGCCGGCCAUUUCUGUCACGGUUUACGCUCGUACGCCGCCAUUUGAUCGAUCGAAAUGGAAAAGGAGUCGCAGCCGGUUGUACGCGUGGUGUCAGGCGUGUCUUACGCCGUCGCACUCGACGGAGAAGCGCGCGCUCACGCCGUCGGACGCCCCAAAACGAAAACGCGUUGGAAGAGCUCCACCUCUGGCCGACCGCGGACGGAGGGGGCGGUUUCGGGACGCGCGCGCGCAUAUUCCGGAGUGCAACCUGCUCGGCUGUCAGUCCGCGCGAGGAGGAAGAGGCGAGCCGUUUGGCUCUCGAGUCCGCGGGCAACUUUGGACCGCUUUCGAGCAGUAAAGCCGUCCGCUGCCAUGACAUGGCGUCAUCCGUAGGAGUCGGCAGUUCACUCGCGCCCGCGACCGUCGAAGACAUGUUUGUGCUGUGACCCGCUCCCGCAGGCGCCCAGACCGCCGUCCCCACGGUGCACUUUGACCGCCGCGAUGAGAACGGGGACAAACGCCGUUUUGCGCCGUGGCGUCAGGAAAUAGCUCUCAUGGCUUGAGGCCAGCGCGCCCUGCGGUUUGUGAGUUCUCAACCGGCGUGUUCUUGUCAACUUUUGGUCGCCGCUUGCGCACGUCCUUUUUCUUUCUUUUUGUUUGACCGCCCCCCCCCCCCACGCCCAACCUUUGGACGAGGCGACCGACGAGCUCGCGCAGCGGGACACCACCAUGACCCCGGGUUGGCUCGCCUUGGUCGGAUUGUGCUGGGGCGCCUACUACUGCGGCUCCCCGGCGGCGGGGGGGCACUCCUCGCGGGACGGGAGCGGCCGAGCGCAGCCGGGCCCCUUCGUCCAGCGGCGCCUGAGGACGCACGAGAGGAGGGAGAUGCAGAAGGAGAUCCUGUCCAUCCUGGGCCUGCCGCACCGACCCAGGCCGCACGUGUCCCGGGCCAAAUUCAACUCGGCUCCGCUCUUCAUGUUGGACCUUUACAACAGCAUCCGAGCGGACGGCGCGUCGGAAGGCUCCCGGCCGGCGCGGACCACCCGCGGCCCGCCGCUGGCCACCGUUGACGAAGCGGCCUUUCUCGACGACGCCGACAUGGUGAUGAGCUUCGUUAAUUUGGCGGAGCGGGAGCCCCCCCUGCGGCGGCCUCACCACAAAGAGUACAAGUUCAACCUGUCGCAGAUCCCCCAGGGCGAGGCCGUCACCGCCGCCGAGUUCCGCCUCUACAAGGAGUGCGUGAGCCGCGCUUUCUGCAACGACACCUUCCUGCUCAAAGUCUACCAAGUGGUCAAGGAGCACCCGGACAGAGAGGCCGAGCUUUUCCUGCUGGAGUCUCGCCGGCUGUGGGCACCGGAAGAGGGCUGGUUGGAGUUUGACGUCACGGCCACCGGCAACCUGUGGCUCAUGAGCCCGCUGCACAACCUGGGCCUCCAGAUGAGCGUGGAGACCGCCAGCGGGCGGCGCGUGAGUCCCGAGGACGCCGGGCUGGUGGGGCGCGACGGCGCCCUGGAGAAGCAGCCUUUCCUGGUGGCCUUCUUCAAGGUCAGCGAAGUGCGCCUCCGCAGCUCCCGCUCCGCCGGCGGCAAACGGCGCCAGCAGAACCGCAACCGAUCCGCGCCGACGCAGGAGACGUCCGGAGGGCCCGGCCCGGCAGGUGAGUGCCACGCCUACCCGCCGCGGCGAACUCGCAAGUCGCCCGCGGCCUUUUCGUCCUCGCUCGCCGAGCGCAGGCGUCCGAACGGGGCGGCCGCUUUCCCGAACGGAGGGACGGAGCCCAAAAGCGCAAAGUCGGUUCAAGAAAGGCAGCCUUGCACCCCCCCACGCGCACCCGUGGGACCGGGGGAGAGCUAA